AUAUCCGACACAGUAACACAGUGGAUUGAAAUGUUACGAAAAUUAACGCUGAAGGGACGGUUUCUUAUGUGAACACCAACUGGAAGAGGUGUGCGUAUAAGUUGAUAUUGGAAGGAGAGGAGUAAGAUUUCACAUUAUUUGGCAUUAUUCCUGGGGAUCCCGUUUUGAUGAUAACAGUCAUGUUUGGAUAAGAACUCUGCGGCUAUGGGACCAUUCGCCAUCUUGAUCACGGUGCAGGCGCUCUUUUUUCUUACCACCAAUGUUGCAGGCAGGGUUCCUGCUGAGCAGCAGCUCUACAAGGACUUGAUGCAGGGCUAUGAGAAGGCUGUCCGACCCGUGGUCAACUCUUCCCAUACCGUCCACGUCUCUCUCAAACUGCAGAUUAUACAGAUUGUUGAUCUGGACGAGAGACAACAGGUUUUAACAACAAAGGUUUCAAUCGACCAGUAUUGGGUUGACGAGCACCUCAACUGGGACCCGGAUGAAUAUAACGGCGUGAGGAAAAUCCGAGUUUCGGCACAAGAAAUAUGGCUACCGGAUACAUUUAUAUAUAACAACGCUGACCAGACCAGCGGCUUCAUGAACGGGACUUUUGUCCAGGUGGACUCCAGUGGCCGAGUGUUCUGGCCAGUGCCCAUGCAGUUGAAGAGCAGCUGUAUGGUAAACAACAACAAAGAAUCCAACAAAGGUUCCGAAAACUAUUUCCAGGUGGAGGUGAACUAUUUCCCCUUCGACGACCAGCUUUGCGUCAUCCAGUUUGGCUCCUGGAUCUACAGCGCGAAGGUGAUCUCGUUCGACAUCCCGGAGGACAGUUCGGGGACCGACCUAAGCACCUACGAGGACGAUAGCGAGUUCAUACUAAAAUCAGUAAAGGUGAAACACUCCCAGAGCUCUGGCAACGGAGGCAGGCCCGAGGUGCACCCCGAUCUGGUUUACAUCCUGCACAUCCAGCGGCGGUUCUUCUACUACAUCUUCAAUAUCGUCAUCCCGUGCGUCAUGUUGUCGUCACUGACGUUGUUCACAUUUUGGUUGCCGGCGGCGUCAGGAGAAAAGGUGGCGCUGGGGUUGUCGGUGUUUGUGGCCUUCUCCAUGUUCAUGCUGCGUAUAGCGGAGAACGUACCGGCAACGUCACACUCUGUACCAUUGAUAAGCGUCUACUUAACAACUGUGAUGACCAUGACAUCAGUAUCGGUGAUCUUGGGGGUAUUAAUGAUUAAUUUGUUUCAAAGAGGAGUCAAAGUCCGGACUGCGCCCAAAUGGGUAAAAACUCUCGCACUUACUUAUCUUGCGAAAUUGCUCCGCAUGGAAGGGGACAUCCGGGACUUUCGCAGAAAGAACUUAAUGAGACUCAUACAGUUAUGUAAACUGCGUUCACACAAUCCUGGGCGAGUUAUGAGCAUUAAAACCCCCUCUAGGCGUUCUUCGAUGCGUUCGUCCGGCAACAGUUUUAAGACGACCAGUUGCAACAGUCUACACACCAUUCCAAAUUCUGAUGCGCAUGCGUGCUCCACCAGCCAAUCAGAGGAGCAGCAUAUCGGAGGAUCAGGAGCUCAAAAGACAUUAGACAGGCGAUAUAGCAAGAAAGAUGCUCAGUCACCAAAUUCAGAUUCAGAAGAGGACGAAUCUGGGGAGGCUGUUUGGAUUUUACGCUCAGAACUAGAGGAAUAUGAAAAGAAACUGGAGGAGAAACGCGUAAGAAGACAAAUGAGGAAACAGCGUCGAUUGAGACAGCAGCAACAGCCAAAUCAACGAUCGUCCAUGUAUUUGAAACCAUCGAGCGCUUUGAGUGACAUAAACGAUAAUACAGGCUCCGUUGAGGAGCCGCCUUCAGAAGAACACAUCGUCGAAAAUAUCAUCUCUUCUUCUGAGAUGCGGUUUAUGUACAAAAAGGCGUUCGGUCGACUGAUGCGAAAAGAAAUAGUCGUCGAGUGGCAGUGCAUAUCCAUAGUGUUGGACCGCUUCAUGUUUUGGGUUUAUUUGGUUGCCACCAUAGCUACAUAUAUCGUCAUAUUUGUGGUGGUAGUUUACACAAAACCAAACUUACAAGAAAAGAUUUCGCAAAUACACGAAUAUCCGAGUUCGAGGUACAGAGAUUUUAUGGAUGGUUGAUAAA